AUGAUCGGUCGCGUUAUCGCCCGCUCUUUAUCGGACCGCCGCCCGAAUAACCGCCGCUCGGCCAAGUUGCUCACCAACCAACCUAAACCCAACCCACCGGUCCACCGUUGUUGUAUACACGACAGGAAUAUUGGUGGUACAGUUCCCUUGGCCGAGGAACCCAGCUCGAAAGAGCUCAUCCUAGUCUUGGGAAGUAUCUGGGUCGGAGUCUUCCUGGCUGCUUUGGACACUACAAUUGUCGCUACUCUCACUGCCCCCAUCUCGUCCUCCUUCCAGUCCUUCACUCUGCUGUCCUGGCUCGCUACCUCCUACCUGAUUUCCAAUGCCGCCUUUCAACCACUGAGUGGGCGUCUGACUGAUAUCUUCUCUCGACGGACUGGGCUGGUCUUUUCGAAUAUCUUCUUCGCAGCUGGGAAUCUAAUAUGUGGUCUGGCAAAAACCGAGGGGACUAUUGUACUGGGGCGCGUCAUCGCCGGUAUCGGUGGUGGCGGUCUAACUGCGAUUUCGACCUUUGUCACCUCCGACUUGGUGCCUCUACGAAAGCGUGGAGUGUGGCAGGGCAUUGGUAACAUCUGCUACGGAGCCGGAAGUGGACUGGGCGGUGUGUUUGGAGGAUGGAUCAAUGACACUCUGGGAUGGCGAUGGGCCUUCUUAAUCCAGGUCCCUUUCGUCGUGGUGUCCGGCAUCCUCGUAGCGGCCACGGUACGAGUGCCGGUGAAGACCACUGACAGCGCCAAAUUGAGACGGGUUGACUUCCUCGGAGCGCUCACUCUGGUUGCAAGUCUCGUUCUGCUCCUGCUGGGGCUGAACACUGGUGGAAACCAGGUCCCGUGGACGCACCCUCUCAUUCUUGUCUCGUUGCCGCUCUCCGCGGUAUUCUUUGGCCUCUUCAUCUACGUCGAGGCCAACAUUGCGUCCGAACCGGUUAUUCCUGUCCGGUUGCUUCUAGACCGGACGGUAUUUUCAGCCUGCCUGACCAACUGGUUCAGCACGAUGGCCGUUUUUGGGCUUUUGUUCUACCUGCCGUUGUUCUUUCAAGUCCAAGGCUUGUCUGCGACGAGUGCGGGCGUCAGGCUGAUUCCCCAAGCCAUUGGAACCUCACUCGGCUCACUGGGAUCGGGAAUCCUGAUGCGGUCGACCGGACGAUACAAGAUCUUCAGCCAUGUGUCCAUGGCGCUGAUGACUCUCUCCGGUGUGCUGAUAUGCACGCUGUCACUCACGACUUCGUCGUGGCUACCCUUCAUCUACUUCUUCCUGAUGGGUACGGCCUAUGGGAGCAUGCUGACCAUUACGCUGGUGGCACUUAUCUCUGCUGUAGACCACCAGCAUCAUGCGGUCAUCACAUCCGCAUCCUACGCAUUCCGCAGCACCGGAAGCACCAUUGGCAUCACCGUUGCCUCUGCCGUGUUCCAGAAUGUUCUCAAAUCCGGACUUUGGUCUCGGUUUGGAGAUCGCGAGCAUGCUGGCGAGCUGAUUGGACGGAUCCGCGAUAGCCUCGAGGAAAUCCGGAAGCUCCCUGCAGACUGGAUCCCGGGGGUGUUGGAUUCGUAUAUGGACUCUUUGCGCGCCGUAUUUCUGACGUUACUGGGACUCAGCGUGCUGGGGGCGAUAGUCAAUAAUCAAAUACAAGAAGCCCCGAGCUCUUCUCCUCGUCGUCGGCGGCGCUUACUCCUCUCCACCGAGAGUGCCUUCGUCGACAACAUACUUCCAUCGCUGGUUCAGAAUCCCGAUAUCGAAAUACGAUUGAUCACCGACGAGCCCUCCGCCCUUCUGUCGGGCGCAAGCAAGGUUCCUCAUUAUAUGGACACAGUGGAUAGUCAAACAUUCGAAAAGAAGACUGGGGCUCGGAAAUGGCUAAAGGCCAAGGCGGCGGAAUUGUGCGAGUGGGCUGAUAUGCUGUUGGUUGCGCCGAUAGACGCCGGAGCGUUGGGGUCGAUGCUGUAUGGUUUGACCAACACCUUGACGUUGGCGCUCCUGCGGGGUUGGAUGUCAUCCAAGCCGGUAGUUCUGAUCCCUGGCAUGACGGUCUCGGAAUGGCACCAUCCGCUAAGUAAAAGGCAACUGCGAGAGGUGGCAGAUUUCUGGCCAUGGAUAAGUGUGGUGUCGCCGGUGCUGUGGGAAUCGGUCAGUCCGGAGGAGCUGGUUCAGUUACCAUGGGAAGGUCUGAAAGAACUGCAUGAGGUUCUCGAACGAACUUUGGGCCUUUCAUUCACUCAAGUCUUCACUAAGCCUGGCCAGCUUUCAGAUCCGACAUACCCGACCGGCAUGUCAGAGCAGACGCCUGGCGACGCGGCGUCCACGGUAUCGCGACACCUUCUGCAUCGAAGCAGUAAACCGGAAAAUGGCCCGCGCUCGCUACCCAUGGAGCUAUGGCUCAACAUCUUCGAAGACCAAUUACACGACUGGGAGAUCGCAAAGGCAGUUGGCAUCCCAACCAAUCUGCCCGUGCCGAAGGAAUGGCAAAAUCACCUGUUAAAGAUGUCGACCCCCGCCUCCUUGGAAUAUACCAUCCUCAGAGGAUCCUUUGCCGCAAUUAAGAAGCGCAUUGACAGCCUGCCACGAUGGAAGCCCCUCUCCGACCUUGUAUGCCACCUCAUCUUCAAAUUCUCUCGCACCGACAUCCUCUCUUACCUCACUGAAAACCACCUCGAUCUACUCUGGACCACCUCUCGACUCACCAACCUCCCAUACCGCGCAUCCGCCAUCUACGGAAACCCCAACAUUCUCACUUGGUGGCGCGAUGCGCCCGCCCUUCCUAACAAAGAAUACAUCGCCGACGCAAUGGAUGGGGCCUCCCGCGCCGGCUUCGUCAACGUCUUAGAAUGGUGGCGAACCUCCGGCCUCGAACUUCGGUAUACCGAGCGCGCACUCGAAGCCGCCAGUGCCGAAGGCCGAGUAGCCGUCCUCGCCUGGUGGAAAGCCGCCUCGGCCAACGCACCCCCUUCCAACCCUAUCCCCCUCAAAGUCGGCAAGUCCGUCCUUCUUGCUGCCCAAUCCGGCCGCACCGCUUCCCUAGCCUGGUGGGACGCCUCCGGCAUUCCCUACAGCCAUGGUGAAUCCGUUGCCCGCAUCGCCAGCACCCACGGCCACGUCCACGUCCUCGAAUUCUGGCACCGCCUGAAAGGCGCCAAAAUGAUAUUCGACAGCCAAGUCCUCGUCGGGCCCACCAAGAACGGCCACGACAAUGUCCUGGAAUGGUGGCGUCGAAGCGGUCUCCGCGUCGAGUUCAAAACCUGCGAUAUCGAAGAAGCUCUCGAAGACGCCGACCCGGUUUCCGGUGCUGAAGAACGUGUUCGUAGAUGGUGGGCCCGGAAUGGUCUUAACCUGGGUGUUGGGACGAGUAAAACACAAUUCUUGUCUACAAUCACCCUCUCAUUCGAGUAG